GAACAAGAUUUGGAAAAGUGAUAGGUGGUCGAGUUUUCUUUGGCUGGUCGGACUUUUACGCGGAGCACUAAUUCCUCCUCCUCUUAUAGGGUCAGGACAGAGAGAGAGAAGGAGAGAGAUGGCCACCGGGUGGGGGGUAUCAUUGAUAUAGGACAAGCAUAUCUAAACCUAUCACAGCCAGUCGGAUUAGCAGACUGUUUUCUCAGAUAAGGAUCUCCCAUGGUCUGAUUUUGCAGGGACAUUGGCUGCCUGCACAAACCGUUCGCUGAAGGGAAGUUAUGCAGACAACUGAACCCUGGGAUUUGAGCUGCAGCUUCCUGAGCUGAUAGUGCCACUCAGCGUCUCCAAGCCUUGGACUUGAUCUCCUGGGGAUUUCAUGUCUUCCAUCGUCUGCAAGAGCUAAAGAGGUCAUCCAGUUUUCAAGGAGUCAAGUUCUGGGGAGUGAAGGAUCAUACCUUCCAGGCACAGCGCCUGCCAUCAGUCCGUGUUGUGCUUGUGUGUGAGUGUGUGUGUGUGUGUGAGUGUGCUGCCGAGUGUGAUGACCACAGAGAAUUCCAGCCAGAACAUAGAACAUCCAGCUCCUCUCAGAAGCAGCCCCACCACUGGGGCUCUGCAGUCAGCACUUAUGAGCCAGCAGCAGCCUGCAAGCAUGGAGACUUCCUCCGCUUCCUCCUCGACCUCAUCCUCCAAAAACAAGAAGCCGAACUCGGGGCUGAGGCGGCCAGAGAAGCCCCCGUACUCAUACAUCGCUUUGAUUGUCAUGGCCAUUCAAAGUUCUCCAACCAAAAGACUUACCCUAAGUGAGAUCUAUCAGUUCUUACAAGCAAGGUUCCCUUUCUUCAGAGGAUCAUAUCAGGGCUGGAAAAACUCCGUUCGACACAAUCUCUCAUUGAAUGAGUGCUUUAUCAAACUUCCCAAAGGUCUAGGAAGACCGGGAAAGGGCCAUUACUGGACAAUUGACCCUGCUAGCGAAUUCAUGUUCGAGGAAGGAUCUUUUCGCCGUCGGCCCAGGGGUUUCAGAAGAAAAUGUCAAGCCCUAAAACCCAUGUACAGGAUGAUGAACGGUAUAGGAUUUAGCACUUCCAUUCUGCCCCAGGGCUUUGACUUUCAAGCCCCACCUGCUUCCCUCGCAUGCCACAGCAAUGGCUACAAUUUAGAUAUGAUGACAAACUCUAUGGCUAGUGGCUACGAUAGCUUGGCUGGAGGUCACCAUGUCCCACAUAUGUCCCCUAACCCUGGCUCCACUUAUAUGGCAAGUUGCCCUGUGUCCUCCACUGGUGACUACGGUCCGGACAGCAGCAGCAGCCCAGUGCCCUCUUCUCCUGCUAUGGCCAGUGCUAUGGAGUGUCAUUCUCCUUACACCAGUCCCACUGCUCACUGGACAUCCUCAGGCGCCUCUCAGUACCUGAAGCAGCAGACAAUGCCAUCCAGUAACCCUUCAUCCGCCGGGCUUCACUCAGGCAUGUCUUCCUACUCCUUGGAACAAACUUACCUCCAUCAAAACACACGAGAUGAUCUCUCAGUGGGAUUGCCUCGUUACCAACACCACACUUCCCCAGUCUGCGACAGAAAAGAUUUUGUCCUCAAUUUUAAUGGGAUCUCUUCUUUUCACCCUUCUGCCAGUAGCUCUUAUUAUCACCAUCAUCAUCAUCAAAGCGUCUGCCAGGAUAUUAAGCCUUGUGUGAUGUGAAGGAACCAGAACAGAGACACUUUGCUGAGUACUAAGUGUGAGUGGCCAUCAGACUGUUGGGCUUGUAUAACUGGACAAUGGUCACCCUAUCGUGUACAUACAUUCCUGUGUUUAGGCACUUAACUAACAGCAUUGUUACCCAUAUUUAAGGGAGUGCUGUUAAAUGUUUACAGUUCAAAUGUGUGCCCCCUUGAUGUUGCAUACUUGACAAAGAAAUGCAAACCAUAAUGGGAAAAAAACUAAACUCGCCAAUUUUAAACCGAAACUGUUCUUUUCUUCCCCAUAACUUCAUAUUGGAAUACAACAUGCUUUUUUUUGCUUUCUCUACUACUUUUUAAGAAAAGGGAAAAUACUGAAUUAUUAUUCCGCCCAAAAAAAGGGAAAAUAUAAUUUAUAACAGAUAUUUAGGAAUGGGAUGGGGUUCACAAAUACCACAGAAGGAAUUUGUAGGCAUAUCGGGGGCGAAAGAAAUAAUAUCCUAAUACAGCUAUUAUUGUAUGCAGUCCAAAGAAUUGAUUCAUUAAAUGGAUAACUGAUAACAAAAACAAAUAUGGAUCCUCUGCCAUUAAAAGGCAGAGAUAUAGGAUUCACAAAAUGUAUUUUUAUACUUUAUAUUUCACAAACCUUGUGUUUGUGAUGGCUCCUCAUCAAUGGUCAGUUUGUAAAUAUGGGUAGGUGAAUACUUAAAGGCUUGACAUAACUAAAUAAGAUAUAGGAGACUCUUGUACAUGCAGUGUAUGGAACCAUAGAAUUAUACACGCUGUGAACCAUGAUCUAUAUUGCCUGGGGUGGACGUAAUGCCACCUGUACGACAAGGAAUAAAUGACUUCACUAAAAACACCUAUUUUCUAAUAUUCCUCUACAAAAGAAAGACUUGCCUGGGUUUUCACAAUACAAUUAGAAUAUUAAAUGUUAAAAUUUUUAUUUAUGAGAAUGUGGAAAUUAACAUUCUCUGUAAUCUGAAACUAAUUGUGUAAACUGGACUUUACUAUAUAGCACCGAUAUUACCUUCCUUAGUAUUACAAAAAUAAUUGUACAUAAAUAAAACUGCUUUUGUGUGUCAAAAAA